AUGAAGGACAUUCUUUCGCCAACAACACAACAUGCAUAUCUUGAUUUCGAUUUCUCAGAAUUUAUUGACAACAAUUUCGACAUGUCAAAUGACAUACUUCCGAACACAAAACCGCUGCUGUCUCCUUCCGUUGUGUCCUCUUCUUCCGUAGCAAGCAACACGCACCUAGAUGACUUGUUCUCAGACACGGCUUCCAACAGCAACUAUACGCUGGAGCACAGUCCAUCUUCCGUCUACCUCAACAAUCCCUUGUGGUCCAGCAUUGAGGAACUGGCCUACAACACCAGCAAAAAGGAGCAGAUCACAUCACUGUCUUGCAUUGACACGUUUAUCAAUGACCCCAACAGCGAUCUCGUCAAGCUCGUCCAGCAAUCGCAGGCAGAGCACGACUUCUUUCAACACUUAAUUAUUGAAAGCUUGAUAAACCAGCCACCACAAUACGACUAUUACCAACAACAGCGCGUCAAUUACGAGGCACAGCAGAGGUAUUACCAGGGACAACAUGGUGUGGGCUUGACCAGGGCCAAUACCUACACCACGCCCCCUCCUCCUCCUCUUUCUGCUCCUACACUUGCCAAUCUACCCAAGAAACGAAAGCAAAACCCCACCACCAAGCGAAACUCGGCAAAAUCAAGUGCUGCAUCACAGUAUUCCUCUGCCAACAACACACAGUAUACGCACAGCGAUCAAGUCAAUGCGCAAUUACUCAAAGAGCUUAUCCGUCAAGCAGGAAGAAACGCAAAGCAUCCGAUGAACAGCAGCUUGGGCUUUGACAUGGCAGCAGCAGCUUCUCUCAACAAAAGCUUGAAUAUAUCUCCUCCCCUUUUUGCUGGUCCUACUGUUCCCUCGACUUCUAUGGAUCUUCAGCAGUACACAUCGCCCAGGAUGAACGGAAAUUAUCCUGCAAAUCACAAUACGAAAACAGCAUAUCAAAGCAGUUCCUCGAAUAAUAGUAGCAGGUACUCGCAUCAUCUACCUUACAAGAUCCAAACCAACGCCACCAGCAAGAAGACCAAACAGCAAAAGACACAUUUAUAUCAUCCAUACCAGCGAUCCUCGUCUUUUGCUAACAGCAGCAGCAGCAGCAGCAACAUCAUUAUGGGAAAACCUUCCAUGUAUUCAUCCGACAUGUCUCAAGCGCAAUUGUUGGAAAUACAGGCAAUCUCUCGAGCACAGCAAGACUUUAUUCGCGCUCGUGAGCAACAAGAAGCAGAAAAGGGAUUGUUGAUGAAACAUCAUCACCAUCAUCCGCAUUCAAAGAAACCAGCUCAAUAA